AUUUAGAAGGCAUAUAAAGGCCCCUGGCUGAGGACUUGCCUCCUCAUUCUGCAGUUGGUGCCAGAACGCAAUCCUCCACUGGAGAAAAUGUCCAUCCAAGUCGAGCAUCCUGCUGGCGGUUAUAAGAAACUGUUUGAAACUGUGGAAGAACUCUCCUCGCCACUCACAGCUCAUGUCACAGGCAGGAUCCCCCUCUGGCUCACCGGCAGUCUCCUUCGAUGCGGGCCAGGACUCUUUGAAGUUGGAUCUGAGCCAUUUUACCACCUGUUUGAUGGGCAAGCCCUCCUGCACAAGUUUGACUUUAAAGAAGGACAUGUCACAUACCAUAGAAGGUUCAUCCGUACUGAUGCUUACGUACGGGCAAUGACUGAGAAAAGGAUUGUCAUAACAGAAUUUGGCACCUGUGCUUUCCCAGAUCCCUGCAAGAACAUAUUUUCCAGGUUUUUUUCUUACUUUCGAGGAGUAGAGAUUACUGACAAUGCCCUUGUUAAUAUCUACCCAGUGGGGGAAGAUUACUAUGCCUGCACAGAGACCAACUUCAUUACAAAGAUUAAUCCCGAGACCUUGGAGACAAUUAAGCAGGUAGAUCUGUGCAACUACGUCUCGGUCAAUGGGGCUACGGCUCACCCACACAUUGAGAGUGAUGGAACUGUUUACAACAUUGGUAAUUGCUUUGGGAAAAAUUUUUCAAUUGCCUACAAUAUUGUAAAGAUCCCUCCACUACAAGCAGACAAGGAAGAUCCAAUAAGCAAGUCAGAGGUCGUUGUACAAUUUCCCUGCAGUGAUCGAUUCAAGCCAUCUUACGUCCAUAGUUUUGGUUUGACUCCCAACUACAUCGUUUUUGUGGAGACACCAGUCAAAAUUAACCUGUUCAAGUUCCUUUCUUCAUGGAGUCUUUGGGGAGCCAACUACAUGGAUUGUUUUGAGUCCAAUGAAACCAUGGGGGUUUGGCUUCAUAUUGCUGACAAAAAAAGAAGAAAGUACCUCAAUAAUAAAUACAGGACCUCUUCUUUUAACCUUUUCCAUCACAUCAAUACCUAUGAAGACAAUGAAUUUCUGGUUGUGGAUCUCUGUUGCUGGAAAGGAUUUGAAUUUGUUUACAAUUACUUAUAUUUAGCCAAUUUACGUGAGAACUGGGAAGAGGUGAAAAAAAAUGCCAGGAAAGCACCCCAGCCUGAAGUUAGGAGAUAUGUACUUCCUUUGAAUAUUGACAAGGCUGACACAGGCAAGAAUUUAGUCACCCUCCCCAACACAACCGCCACUGCAAUUCUGUGCAGUGACGAGACCAUCUGGCUGGAACCUGAGGUCCUCUUUUCAGGGCCUCGCCAAGCAUUUGAGUUUCCGCAAAUCAAUUACCAGAAGUAUGGUGGGAAACCUUAUACAUACGCAUAUGGACUUGGCUUGAAUCACUUUGUUCCAGACAGGCUCUGUAAGCUGAAUGUCAAAACUAAAGAAACUUGGGUAUGGCAAGAGCCCGAUUCAUACCCAUCAGAACCCAUCUUUGUUUCUCACCCCGAUGCCUUGGAAGAAGAUGACGGUGUGGUUCUAAGUGUGGUGGUGAGCCCUGGGGCAGGACAAAAGCCUGCUUAUCUCCUGAUCCUGAAUGCCAAGGACUUGAGUGAAGUUGCCAGGGCUGAAGUGGAGAUUAACAUCCCUGUUACCUUUCACGGAUUGUUCAAAAAAUCCUAAGAACAUUCUAAUAAGACAUGUUUCCGGGCAAAAUCAAGAAAAACAUAGUCAGGUCUGCAAUCAAAUUUUGUUCAGUGUGAGCCUGCUGGAUUACAUGGUUUUAACUUGCACAUGCACCCUAGUUUGCAAUGUUUUACAGAAGCAUAGAGCUGAGCAAACAAUUCCUUUUUUAAAAAAGUAUAUAGUUAAAUAAUCAGAUUCUCUUGAGAAAGGCCCUAACUAAAAAACUCUGUAUAGUUAGCAAUCAAAUAGAAAAUGAAUGUGAAUUUAUAAAAAUUUUUUAUUCCUAUUAUGAAAGUACAUUUGAGGUACCUACCUGCUCCAAUAAUUUUUUAACAUUUAAAAGACAAAGUUCUCUAUAUCUGAUUUGUAUGCAGCUUUGCUGAGUCAAGGCAGUAUCAUGCAGUAAGGCGUAAUUACUAAAUGUCAAACCAAACUCUUUUUCAAACCAGGAACUAUCAUCUAAGGGUAAUCACCGUAAUUGUAUGCAUAUAUAUAUACACGAUUGCUGCUCAAGGAUUCUCAAGCUUUAUGAACUUUAGCAUUUCCAUUUAGUAUAAGCAAUUACUACUAUUUCUGAUUUUACAGUGAGGCAACCUAUCUCUAAUCAGCUGAGGGCGCUCAACCAAAUAACAUCUUGAUAAGAAUUUAAUGAAUACCUUCCAUUAAAAGCCUAUAUAACAUCAAAGCAGUUACAGAUAGUAUUGACUAAUUUUUUGAAAAACAAGAGCAUAAAAUACUUAUAAAUAUAAUUUCUACUUAAAAUAGGAGAAUGGGAUAAUGUUGGAGAGUUAUACUUUGUGGCCUAUUCUCUGUAACUAUAUUCAAGCACUAUACAAUCACCUGACCUAACAGAAAGAGAAAGAGAAAGAAAAUAUUAAAUCAUUGGCAUUUAGAUAUUAAUACAUUUUAAGCACUUUUGUUUUUAAAAAUUAUUCUAUUCUGUGCUAUAUCUUGGAAAAAAUAAUAGACUGACAAAAAAUUUUAUUCUCUGUCUUAAUCCUAGUAUCUAUUUUAUGCUCAAAAGUAUUACAUGUCAUUGUAUUUAAGAUGAUCAGCAUUGUGUUUGACUAAGUAAAAACAGCUUGAAGGAACAGACUGACUAGGGAACUUCAUACAUCUGUUUCAUUUCUUUAUUUAGAUAAAGAGGCAAGUUCGUUUUUUAAUUAUAAAUACUUAUUAAAACAUACUUUUCAAAGAAAAUCUAAAAUUACAGGAAAGUGGAAAUUAUAAAGUAAAAUCAUACAGAGCACCUCAAAGUUCAAAUACUAUUAACAUUUGUGUACUUGUCUUUUCAAUAAUUUUUCCUCUGUGGAUUUUUAAUGUAAUCGUUAUUUCUUUGCAGGUAAUUUCUGGAUAGAACUAGAAAUCUCAAAAAAGAAAAAGAAAAAUGCCAGAGAAUAGCAUUGAACAUGUGACUGUAGAUAAAUAUCAGUCCAUUGUUUGUUUGCUUUUUAUCUCUAGACAUGGAACAUAAAUAUAAUUCCACAAAGAAAGCUAUUUAUCCAUUUCUUUUUAAAAUGCAGAAAAUAAAUUACUCAACAAUUACCAAGAUUUAAACUUAUUAAAGUCUCCAAAUUUAAGAGAAUUCCUAAAACCGCCACUACUUACACUUGCCAACCACUCCCUGCCUUCUUUCCAUUAAGUUUCCAUAAGGAAGUCUGACAAUUCUGUGUGUCCACCUCUCCUCCUGUUAUAAGACCCCAUUCUGAGCAUGGUGCUCUCCGGAGAGCACUAUAGUGUUAAGAAGAGACAGGCAGAUCCGACGAAAAUAACCUCUGCCAAUACUAUUUCACCAAAAUUGGAAUUCUCUAUACAGUCAGUCAUUGUUGAUAUUGUACCAAGAAGGCUUAGGAACUGCUUUUCAAGAGAGACGGAAUGUGAGCUUUAAAAAUUUAACUGAAAUCAAGGAUAUUUAAGUCAGGCAAGAGGGAGUAACUUAGGAAUUUAGGCUGAAAAAAUUAAUGAACCUGCUUUCUAAGAACCAGAGCUACUCAUUUGGGGUAUCUAGAGAACUAUUAAUAUGUGCCAUCUACACCAAAAUAAAUGUUUUAAGAAAAAAAAAUUAAUUGAAUUAAGACAAAUAAACAUGUUAAUAAGUAGUUUUAAAAUAACUUGUUUGUGUAAUUUUUUUCCGUUUUGGGCAUCUUAUAUCUGUCACAGCCAAGAGCAAAGGAUACUACAACCUUUGACAAUAUUAAAAGGUAAUUAAUGACUGAUAACUGCCUCAUAGCAGAGAAUCUGGACAGAGCUCCUGUACUAUAUUCUAAACCAGAAAAGACCACUAGACAACAAAGGUGGCCUGCCUUUCGAGAGUUCAGUGGCAGUGCUAUUCCAUCACCCCGCAGUCUGGCUAAAGAAUAAAAUGCAGCGCUUUCUUCUAUAAACCUGAUAGGAAUGAUCAAGCAUUAGGAUCAUAGAGAACAUGUUCCCUACGGGAUCCCCUAAGGGACAUCAAAUCUGGUAAAACUAAGUCUCAAUGGUAAAACAAUCUCUAAAAAACUCACGCUUAUUUAGUGCCUUUUAUUUUUACAGAAAAGUGGUCAUUUCUCCUAAUACUACACCCAUCGUGAUACUAUCUUCACCAUUUUGAAGAUGAGGAAAGGGACGCUGAGUUACUUUUCUAGUGAGUGGCAGAACUGAAACUGAAAUCUAAACCGAAUAGUUCCCUCCACUGAAAUUUUGGUUUCUGAUACCUUCUGAAAUAUCCCUACUAGUCUAAAAGUUUAUUUCAAAUACAACCACUAUCAUACUACUUAGUCACGAAGUCUGGGUGCAAAUAAAAUCUUCAACUGUGCAGUAACUCUUACUAUUGGUUAGUGGGCCAAAAUGUUCCUUCAAUAACAGUGACCAUGUACCAAAAAUUUAUUAUGCAAGGGACUCCAUACAUUAGUCCCUAUAAAGUUCUGUGUGUAGAUAUGAUGAUCCCAUUUUGCAGGUAAAGAACGUGAAGCUCAAUGAGUUAAAUAACUUGGCCAAGUUUACACAGAGAACGGGAAUCAGAUUCCAAGUGACAUCUGUGUCUGUUGGACACUGAACUACUACUUUUAGGUAAUUCACAAUUUCAGCAUUAGAUCACUACAUUCCUUUUGAUGACAUCCUAAAAGGGUAAGUUUUCAGUGCUGUUAAAAUGCAAGUACCAUGCAAAAAUUAUUGUGGAACACAAAAAGAAAAUGGCUAGGUCCGAUCUGAUUCCAAAGUUUGAGAAGCUGUGCAAUGUGCAAGAGGCACUAGGCUAUUGGAAGGUAUGUAUUAUGUCACUUGGACUUUGUAAUAAACAAAAAUGUUAGGUGUUUCUUUUGGAGUGCCAUAUAAAGGUUACUGAAACACUAAGGGCUUUGUGAACCAUGAAAAUUUGGGAACGUCUGUUCAAGACUUUGGUUUUUAACUUAGUAGGUAAAGCUCUAACCUUAUAGGACCUACUCUAACUCUAAAGGUCUGUGAUUUAAAUAAAUUCAUAAAUUUUUCUUCAGAAUAAAUAACUGUAUGUCAAUUCUUAAAGUUACACAAAAGAGCUUUACUUAAUUAUGAAAAAGAAAAAAGUAAGAUGAUGGAAUCAUAUGCAGUAUUUCUGUGAUUAGUCUGUUUAUGGACAUUUCUUAUUCUAAUAUGUUCAUAAUGUUAUAUUAGAUGGAAAAUAAAAUACG